AUGAACCCCCAUCACGAAAAUUCGCUCCUCUCACCCAAGAGUGAUCAUUCGGGCCGAGGUGCGCGGCAUGGUAGUAACACCACCGCUACCUCAGUCUCCUAUCACUCGGACCCCUUUGCGAGCUCUAAUCUCGAUGAGGAUGUUCAAACCAAGGACUAUUCCUAUGUCAAGUCUCGUACUCCCAAGAGCGAGACUCCUCGCCCUCGUGGUUUAAUCAAUGAUCACGCAUCUCGGACUCCAUCCAGCAACGUCAAAGCCAAGAUGGCUUGCUUUGAGAGCCCCAACUCCUUCGGAGAUGAUCGUGAUGAUCGCGGUGAUGAUCGAGCCGCUUCCGAGUGGGAAACAGUCGCUGCAGACGAUGAGUUUGCACCAUAUCCCGAGGUUACAACCAAAGCGCAGAGACGCCAGGGAAAGUCGAACUUCACUUCGACCACUCCCUCAAAGACUUCUAAGACUGACGCCAUUGUUCAUCCUCAUAUCAUGAGCUGGGGUCAGCCAGCGGAGACUUCUAACCCUGUCUCGCGUCGCGAUCCCGUUCGCCAGCCGUCGGUGCGACCAGAGCAAGCGUCAUCUCCGCGUUUGCGCACUUUCCACUCCUCUUCUAGUCUCUACAGCGAGCUGGAUAAGAAGGAGAGAAAGGGCCACAAGCAAGCUCUUCACUCUGACGGAGCUGAGCCUGACACGACUUACUGCGAGGGAGAGCGAGCUGAGGACGUUCUGCAAGACGAAGACGAUCUCCCAGGUCAAGAUGGUCUGCGAGUUCCUCAGAAUCAGGACACGCUCAAGCGAGCCUCUGCUAUCACCACCAGUAGCCAUGGCGACCCCUUUCACUAUGACGGGGACAGGUACUCGGACUUUUUGCGCUCCUCAAUCGAACGGGAUGUGAGUGAUGCGCUACACCAUACCGGCAAAACUACCUAUUCGAACUACAGCGUCCCACAGUCCCCUGAGAGCCACACUCCCAAGGGUUAUCCGCAUGGUGGUCAUAAUGUCGACGAACAGGUAAAGGUUCCCGUCGGUCGACAGCCCGAGGAAGAGCCAUCUCCUGAGCCCAUCCAGGACCGCCGACUGGACGGCGAGAUUGUCACACUGCUGAAGAACCGGACCGAGACUCAGGCGGGUACCGAGGCUGAUUGGCGGACGGUGACGACCGAGAACCAUCCUUACGAUUCGAUGCGCCAGGAAUUCCAUGAUAGCAUCGCCAAGGGUACUGGAAGCAGUCUUGCUGAUGUUUCCGACACGACGGAGCGUAACCAUCACCUUUACGAGUAUGGGUCCAUGGACAGAAUCAUCCAGCAUCCUUCUCGCGAUGUGAACACCGGAUCCUACCGUGUUCGCAACGACAAGCCAUCCAGACUCCCUGUCCUUAUUCCUCAGGCUGGAGGACGUCCCGGGCUCUUUGCUCAGAAUGCGACUCGCAACUUGGUUCAGUCACCUCCUAGAACCCCUGCGUCCUUGGCAGGCUUGUUUCGUAAGGACGGACAUGGGCAGACUGCCAAGCGUCGAAGUCUUCUCCUGGAUGAGGAACGCCGGGACAGUUAUCAGACCCUCAGUUCGGAUGCGGGUGCUUCCAAGGCUCACGACAAUGGUGAAUCUUCCAACGCCGAUAGACUCUUCAGCUGGCCCCGAGUCAACAAAACCCUCGGACGGGAGCCUCCCAAGACUCCACCUACUAUCUUGGACAAGCCACUGUACAAGCGCGACUUCCAGGAGGGAAGAAAGCGGACACACGUCCCUCAUGAUGCUUUUCUCAAGAAAACUGAGACGAUCCACAUGGACCUCAUCAGUCUCCCUGAGGCAGCCAUGCUCCAGCGCUUCCGCAGAGCGCGAGGUGAGGAGGACCACACUAUGACCGGUGCUGCGUUCGCCGCCAAGAAGGGUCAUGGAAGCAUCAACAGCCCCCUCGGCAGCCCCAGCUCGGCUACUUUUCCCCUGACGCCCACCUCGGGGUCUACUCUCCCACGCCCUGCUCCUGCACAUCAUCCUGAGCGUGCCAACCACAACGGUUUUUUCCGAGACUCGAGCGAGCGUAUUUCUGAAAUGCUUAUCCCGUCUUCUGCUAUCCUGGGAAGCACCGGGACUGAUAGUCGAUUCGGCACCAACAGAGGAUGGUGCGGUGACAACAUUCAGCCCUUCAACAGCUUCAGCGAAGAUGAACCAAGAUUCAGACGAGGCCCCGCCAGCACCUUUGGCAGACGAUCGGACAAUGGACGCGGUGACCGCUCGGGCGUCGAACUCGUCGACUUUACCUGGGGCAACGUCCUCCACCGUCGCCAGCAGCCUGACGACGCUGAAGACCACCGACAGAAGAGAGUCUUUGUGAGCAUCGUCAUCUUGACAAUCAUGUUCCCCUUCAUCGGUGUGCUUGCGAUCCGGAACAAGCUCGACGCCAUGAUUCCCUGGGCCACCGAGGGAGAGAUGCACACUCUCACCCCGACCCAGCGCCGUACUCUCAAGUACCUGCUUCUGGUUCUUGCCGUUCUGUACCCCGCCCUUAUCACCGGACUUGUUGUCUACUACGCAGUCCACCGCCGCUAA